AUGGGCAAUGAAAUCAUCAAGCAAGACCUCGAGAAGAAGGAAUACCCAACUAUUCGCUACUAUCAUUUGACACAUCUAAUAUACUAUCAACUCCUUCCAUACCACAACAAUCUGCACCACGGACAAUUUCUUCAAUUAUAA